AGAGAGAGGACGAAGGGAGACACUCGUGCGGUUGCGAAGCUGUGCCGAGCUGACCGACUGGUGAAUGUCCCUGAUUGGAAUCACGGUGACCGAAGAAGUGAAGCCACCUUAGGCAUCUGGAGGCCGGGGCCAGAGAUUUCAUCGAGACGAAAUCUUCCUCCGGUCCGGAUGGACACGUGAAUGACUGACUGCAUUGCAAUGAGUUGCAUAUGAUAUAGCAUGGGCAGCAGGAAAGAUACCGAAAUUUGAUUGCGUCCAGGAUGUCACCCGAAAGACCAUCUCAUAGAAGCAACUGUUAGGCUACAACACAAAUUCAGCUAUUUCUCCGUUUUCUGGCGUGAUUAGCUUCCUGAACGAAUUUCGGGGUCCAGCAGGCCUCGCGAGGCCAGACCGAGCCAAUAAAGAAACCAGUAAAUUAAUUCCAGGGACCGACCGAGUCAUUAGUGGUACCCGACGACUUCACCCACUCGGAGAAAUCGAGCUCGAGUGCAGGAUUGAGGAUAGCAAGGAGUCCAGCGAUGGGCGAGGAGAAGGAUGUACAGGGCGUGGCGGAGGCAGGUACUCCAAAAGCAGGUCUGAAGGAGGAGUCGACCGUGAAGGAUUCUUACGAUGCCGUGUACCAAUCGGCGAAUGGCAUCGCCAAGGAGUCUGAGCCUCUGAGUGCGAAGAGCCAGGAGCAACAGCGCGCGAGGACGAGGAAUCUUCCGAAAGUCGGAGUGGCGGAGGACAUCGGAUGUCAAUGGAAGAAGCCCUCCGCCAAAUCCGAGGCCCUCGCUGCCUCCGUGGGGAAGAGAGACGUGAAAGACGUCCCCGCGGCUGCGUCGAAUCGUCUGGUCCGGCAGCAGCGCCAGUGGAAGACGGCCGUGAAGGUAAUGUCGAGGAUUUUGAGCAGCAUCUCGCCCAUCAUCGCUCUGAGAAGGGCGCGCGAUUGCUACGUGACAUCGCUGGGCAGUGUGGCCAGCCACGUGAGCCACUCGACGGCCUGCGGAGUCACGUAUGGAGCCGGGCACAGCUCUCUGGGCACCAUCCCCGCGGCGUGGAGAUCAGGCAGCAGCAGAUUUCAGGAUCAGGUCGUCGAGUCCGAGAGGUCUCUGAGUGCAGCGUUCAAGGCGUCGUUCAACGACGCCGCCACUCAAAUGUCGGACGCCGCGAGAAGUCACCGACGAAGCUCCUCGGUGCCCGUUUUCCCCCCACUCGGUGGCUCCGGCUUGAGCGCAGCCGCUCGCACCCCAAGCUGGAGGUCGCCCUCAGGUCGCGCUCCCUCGGCCUCUUCGAGAUUCGGGAUGCAACCGAUGGCCAUUUACACGAUCAAAGAGGCCUGAUGACGCCGACGCCACCGCCGCCGCCGCCGACGACGAUAGCGACGGUCGAGGACGAAUGGAGUGAUUCUCCUGGCGUUGGCUGGCUCAUUCCUUCUGAUCCCGCCUGCGCGUCGAGCCCAGGCAGGAGAAAGGCGGAGGAUUUGUCGUCGUUCUCAUCGCGCGCCGGAAUUUGAGAAUCGUACCAUAAUUGUAGCUGAGUCGCGUAGGUCGAUUAACCGUGGAGUAGAUUCUGUCAUUCAUUCAUUCUCUUCUCCUUGUUCUCGUACUUCUUAUCCCCGUGAUUGUAAGUUCCCUCUUGCCUCGAUCCGGUUCGAUUCGAUUCGAUUCGCAUUGAAUCUUUACAGCGGCAGCGGAUCACUUAGCAGAUGCUGCAGCAGCAGGUGGGACGGAGUAAGCGGCUCCUAAACUCUCGAUGACUGAGGCCACGGGUGAAGAGAGGUAUGGACUCUGGAAUGAUACAUGUGUACCCGCUCGGUGCGAGUGGGGCUCAUCCAGGCACGAGCCAAUUUCCAGAGAGAGGAUCAGUCGAGACACUCGCCGACCAAUUCUCGUUCUCCUUCCCCCGCAUCGGUCAUGAGCACAUUUCGUGCAUCUCAGAACUCGCUCCUCGAGUGCACUCCAGUUGAGAAUUCAAGGCGCCCAUUCAGAGCAGGAGCAGCGAGCUCGUCUUGAAAGCUCGCUGCUGAAGACUCGACAAUCCAACAACGGUCGUGAUGAGAAGUUUAUUUAUAUGCUUAGAGGUUGAAGAGCAAGUAGCUUAUUUUUCUUAAAAUCGUCGAGCUGAAUGUAGCUGGGGAAGAAUUACGUGACGUGGUUGAUUUAGACUUCAGCUAGAGAACGUGUGGAGUGAUUCCCCGGAGAUUUCUCGAAUUUUUUUCUGUUCUUCCUGUUCGUGAAUUUGAAGAUUAGAAUUCUUUCGUGAGUGAAAUUUGAUGAAAACAUCAAGAAAGAGCAAUCCCCUGCCGAGCUGUCACAUGUACAUAAGCAAAAUGUAGCGAGUGAGUCCAUCCGUGAGUCUAGGAAACCUCGUCUGCUGGCGAAUGUCCCAGAGCCUGUUGUAUAGUUUAUAUGGAAAUCUGUGCUCGCCGGCUUCAAGCCGAAGAGUCCAGCCUCUAUCCAUAUGAUCCGAGCAGUUACGAUUUUCCCACUCAAUAAACCAUAAGGCCAAAUUUGGU